CUAGGUACUCAGCAAGUGAGUAAUCCUCAUUCAACAAUACUCGGGACAUGAGCGAGUAACUCAGCUGGGUGAGUAAAAAUUCUACUACUCGACUCGUGAGUACCCAGUGCGCAGCCUAAUUGUAAUACAAAAUGCCAAGCCAGCUCCCAGUUGGUCCUCUCGACCAGUUCCUUCUCUUCGGGGACAGCAUCACCGAGAAAUCCAACGACCAGGAGCAUGGAUUUGCGUUUGCCUCUGCCCUGCAAAAUGCCUAUAUGUUGAAGCUAGAUGUGAUAAAUCGUGGGUUUGGCGGCUACAACACAAAUAACGCCGUGGAAAUUCUACCUGCCAUCCUGCCGGCCCCUUCCCAAGCCCGCGUCCGGUUCCUCACCACCUUCUUUGGCGCCAAUGACUCUAAUCUUGGCCCACCUCUCGUGGACACGCAGUAUGUGUCUAUCCCAGACUUUACUCAGAACCUUAGAGAUAUGAUCUCGCAUCCCCUAAUUGCUGCGCACGAUCCCCCGCCGAGAAUAAUUCUCAUAGGGCCUCCGCCGAUCGAGGAGACGUUCAUUGCCAGAGAAGACGUGAAGAAUGGGUAUACGGAGGUGAAGAGAUACAACCGUAACACUGCGCUUUACGCAGAUGCCGUGACGAAGGUGGGAAAAGAAACGGGGACGCCAGUUGUCGAUCUCUGGAGUGUCUUCGUGGCAAAGGCUGGGUGGGUUGGAGGGUACCAUGAGGACGGGGGGGUCAAUUGCUGCGGGCUUCAGUGAUGUUUUGAAAUCAUUUUUAGAUGACGGUACGCUUGUUGUCUUAUUCUAAGUUCUAAGUGGCGAUGCUAAUCUGUCAGGCCUCCAUAUAACGCCCGCGGGGUAUAAGAUUAUGUUUGAGGAGGUGCUGAAGGUGAUUGGAGAAAACUGGCCAGAUCAGACGCCGGAGGCACUGAAGAGUCUACGUGAUCUGCAUGGACUAAAGUUUUGGUACGAGGUGGAAUAGAAGUUGGUAUGUGCAUUCUCUCUCGAGUAUACAUAUAGUAUGUGCAUGAAUAUAUACAUCCGUCAACGAAACAGAACUUCUCCAUCCACAAG